GGGGGCGGGCCUCCGGCGGGACCGAGGCUCCGAUUGGCCCCUCGGGGCGGAAGUGCGCGGGGACCCCGCCGCGUCUGUUACGGUCCGCGGCCGCGGGGCUGGCUGCCGGCGCCAUGGCGCAGCGGGCCUUCCCGAACCCCUUCGCCGACUACAACAAGUCCCUGGCCGAAGGCUACUUCGACCCCGCCGGCCGGCUGACUCCUGAGUUCUCACAGCGCUUGAACAAUAAGAUUCGAGAGCUUCUGCAGCAAAUGGAGAGGGGCCUGAAGUCAGCAGACCGUCGGGAUGGCACUGCUUACACUGGCUGGACAGGUAUUGCUGUGCUUUACCUACAUCUCUAUGAAGUGUUCGGGGACCCUGCCUACCUCCAGAUGGCACACAGCUACGUAAAGCAAAGUCUCAACUGUCUGUCCAAGCGCUCCAUCACCUUCCUGUGUGGGGAUGCUGGCCCGCUGGCGGUGGCCGCGGUGGUGUACUACAAGAUGAACAAUGAGAAGCAGGCAGAUGAUUGCAUUGCCCGGCUAAUUCACCUAAAUACGGUGGACCCCCAUGCUCCAAAUGAAUUGCUCUAUGGACGAGUGGGCUACAUCUAUGCUCUUCUCUUUGUGAAUAGGCACUUUGGAAUAGAAAAGAUUCCUCAGCGCCACAUUCAGCAGGUUUGUGAAACAGUCUUAACAUCUGGAGAAAACCUAGCUAGAAAGAGAAACUUCACAGCCAAGACUCCACUGAUGUACGAGUGGUACCAAGAAUAUUAUGUGGGGGCUGCUCACGGCCUGGCAGGGAUUUACUACUUCCUGAUGCAGCCCAGCCUUCAAGUGAGCAAUGCCAUGCUGCACAGCUUGGUCAAGCCCAGUGUAAACUACGUCUGCCAGCUGAAGUUUCCCUCGGGCAAUUACCCUCCGUGCGUGGGCGACUCUCGGGACCUGCUGGUCCACUGGUGCCACGGUGCCCCCGGGGUCAUCUACAUGCUCAUCCAGGCCCACAAGGUGUUCAAAGAGGAGCAGUAUCUCAGCGACGCCUAUCAGUGCGCUGACGUGAUCUGGCAGCACGGGCUGCUGAAGAAGGGGUAUGGGCUGUGCCAUGGCACUGCGGGCAAUGCCUACGCCUUCCUGGCACUGUACAACCUCACGCAGGAUGCCAAGUACCUGUACAGGGCCUGCAAGUUUGCCGAGUGGUGCUUAGAUUACGGAGACCAUGGAUGCAGGACGCCGGACACUCCCUUCUCCCUCUUUGAAGGAAUGGCUGGGACCAUCUACUUCCUGGCUGACCUCCUUGUGCCCGCCAAAGCCCGGUUUCCUGCAUUUGAGCUCUAAAAGGACAACCUGCCCGCAACUCAUGCAUGACCCUUUCUGUGUAUCAGACCUGAGCUACAUGCUAUCAGUGCUUUCCAAUGAAACAGUCAAACUGUACUUGGUUUAGAUUUUUUCCCCCCAGAAUUUGUCUUUAGUUCACUUCCCUUUUAUACCGUUUAUUUUUAUUUUGAAAUAUCCAAGGAAGUCCUUUAACUUUAAUUUCACUUUUUUCCAAAAAAGAAGCUGGGUGAUAUGUACAAUAUUUUGAGGGCAUAUAUGUAUAUAUAUUUUAUAACUUGGAGGAAGUCUUGCUCUUAUUUAAGCUUAUGAGUAUAAUUGUCUGUUACUGUUCUAAAAAUGGUUAAGAGAAAUGAAUGUAGAUAACAGGUAAAUAUAUGGUUAUUGUUAGACAUUGCCCUCUACCUCUGCUCUUUAGUAUUUUUUCUCCAACAGGACAGUUUAUGACUUUGCUUUUCUCUGUGUGGCUGAUUAUGAAAGGGAACAAAAAUAUCACUCUGUGCUUCCAGGACAAAAACUGCAGGUGUUGAAAACUGCUCUCGCGACCUACAUGCCAUUUUUUAAAUUCCCAAUGCUUAUUUAAACUCGAGGUCAGCAGACUUUGCCAUGGGCCCCUUUUGGUUAGGAAAGCAUCCAGGUUCCAGUCGUGAAAAUUCUGCUUUGAAGGUUAGUUCUAGAUAAGCUGAUAAGAGUUUAUUGUGUGUUGUUUUUCUAAAAUAAGCUAGAGCAGUUUGUAACUACUUAAAUUUGCUUGUUCUUUAGAAUUAGUAUAAGAUCAGGAAACCAGUGUUCAGGCUGUGAAUAUGUCGUAGCUGAGGACUUGAGUCCACCCUGUCCCAUUGGCCUUCCAAACUUUGGCUUGUGUGUCACUUGCUUGGCAGUGACUUUGCUCUCGUGCUGGCUGAUGUGAGCCACGUUUCCCUCCUAGCAACCUAUCUGGACGUAGGUCUUUUCACUAAGUAUUAAAACAGUCUAAUUCUAUUUAGAAGGAGGGAGUGGUGCUGUAUGUAUAGCCAUUAGUUUGAAAAAAACAAAACACUAAGCUUCUGAUAUAAAUCCAGUGAUCAUGCUUAGAACAAAUGGAUCCUGCCUUUUUGCAUAUGUUAGGCUUUACAUUCAUCAAUUUCUGAGCCCUCGGAGGUAUUUAUAUAGUAGAUGCAGAAUCCCUGGUGUUUCAUGUCUACAAAUGUUUUGACUCAUCAGCUUCUCCUCCUCCUUCCAUUGCUGCUUUUCUUAAGCUUGUCUUAUUUGCUCAAUGUUUUGACUAAUUUUAGAACAUUUUGCAACUUAAAAAAAAACAGGGUCUAAAAUUUUUUAAUGUGCCUAUCUCACAGUUUUCUCAGUCAUAAAAACAUGCUAUUUCUUAUUGGAAGUUUGAGUCAAAACCCCAAUGAGUGUGUUGAUUCCUGCAGCCCCCUAUUGUUUUCCAUGAAGCAUCAAAAUAGCUAAUAUUAUUGGAAAUUUUCUAAGCUUUAAACAGGGGUGGGGAACCUUUUUUCUGCCAAAGGCCAUUUGAUAUUUGUAACAUCAUUUGCUGGCCAUAAAGAAUUAUCAACUUAAAAAUUAGACUGCUAUAUUUGGUCACACAUUUUAUUAACUCACCCCUAAUGCCUUGGCAGGGCCAGACCAAAUGAUAUCGCAGGCCAUACAUGGGCCAGACGUUCCGCACCCCUGCUUUAAAGGCAGAUGGCGACAGGAUCUAAACCACAGCCCACUCAAGUCCUAGGAUUCACUUGUCCUCUGUGACUUGUGCUAUUCGGGGACAGCCUCGUGCCUCCUGCGUUUCUCAAGUGCUGCUGAGAGCCAUGUGCAAGCUCUGCCUUCCCAGGAGUGGUUCAGCGGUGGAGUCAGCAUCCACGGGAAAGCUCAUUUGCUUCAGCAGGUGUCUAGCUGGAAGGAACAAAACCCACUUGGUUUAGUGAACUAUCUUAAUCUACUGUGCCUGUACUUUUAGCAAUUACAGUUACUAACUAAAGGAACAAGAACAAAACACAAUUUCUCCUAGCAGAGACUUGAUCACAGUGCUUCUCCAAACAUCUUAGUCAAUUUAAAUUAAUCAAUUUAACCCCAGGAAGACUUCAAGGCAAGGAAAAGAAUGUUUUGAAUAAGAUUCUUAUUAAUAUUUGAAUUAUAAUCUGGCUACUGUCAUCCAUUAUCAAAUUCAUCAAUAGAAACACAAUUCAGGUACCCUUUUUUUUUUUCUUUUUAGGACUUACAAAACUGGCAGGACUUUAUGUUUGUAUCGUCGUUUUUAAUUUUUAUGCAUAAGAGCUGAGACAGUUUGAUAGGAUUUUAACUUCAGCAAAGGCUAUAAACUAAGACCAUGGUAGAAAUUGAAAGAAAUUUUACACUAGCUUUCUUAGUUUUAAAAGGAAGAGUCAUCAUUUCAGUUGUAUUUCUGUUGUAUCAUUUUUCAUACAUCUAUUUUUCUUUUUGGUCAAAAAUGAAAAAAAAAACAAAAACAAAAAAACCUUCCCAAAACUUGCCUCCCGGAAAACCCAAUAGUGUGCCUCGUCUCCAUGAAAAGACUGGGUGUAUAGCCAGGACAGCGUGCCGCACAGCGUUCAUUCGGCCUGCCUGUGUUUGUUCCUGUAGCGAUGAAAAUGGCAGUAGUUAACUUUUCAUCAUGGAAAAAAUGCUAACAUUAUCAUAACUAUCUUCAUCAGUCCCAUUGGGCUUUGGUCUCCUCCAGGUUGUCUGUCUCUAAUCCUUAGAGUCAUUCGGCUCCCUUUUCAUCUCUGAUGUCAGUUCCAAUUAUUUGGCAUCAAAAGCCUUCAUGGUAGUUAGAGCAUUGGGUAAAAAUGGAUCGAAGGCUCUUUUCUCUCCUUGUUGCUGCUUUCUCUUGUAGCUCUAUGGAUGGAGAUCCUUUGCUCCCAAGUCCUCAGGCUAAUUUGUGUCUAGUCUUGUGAUGCCCUGCUUUCUACUAGCUGACUUUUAAAUAUAACAUGUUCAUCUACAAUAUUUCUUUGUAGUCCUCUGUUACUCAUACUGAAUUAAUUCCACUUCUGCUCCCCCUAAAUAGGUCAAAGCACGCCUUUCUAUAUUGCUAAGCUGUAGAACUGUUCCCCCCCCCUCCCUCCUUAUAGGUAUAAAACUGUUUGGGAUAUUCAGGGGACCCACCCAAUGUUGCAUUGCCAUUUAUUGGGAAGGGCUGGGAUCAUAUGUAUAUCUAUGUUCUGUAAAGGAUUUGACUUACUGGUUCUCAAUAAAAUUUUAUUAGGACUAUA